CUUGCAACUGUGUGAAGGAAUCCGGAGCAGAUGAGAAGGGAGGAAAAUAAAACAAAGUGGAGACUGCAGGAAAGACUCAGCCAGGGUUGAUUGUAUCUGCUGACGAUCCGGCAGAGGGGUUGGGUUGGCUUUUUUUUUUUUCUUCCUCCCAUUCUCUCUCUUUCUCUCUCUCUUUUAAAGCUACACCAGCUCUCUCUUUCUCUACUAUCUCUGUACCACCAAACCCUUGCUGGCUCUUAUGGGCAUGAAACACUCCUCCCGCUGCCUGCUCCUAAGGAGGAAAAUGGCGGAGAACGCUGCCGAGAACACCGAGGGCAUUUCACUUGGCGGGGGAAGGUGAUCAAAGUGGAAUUGCUGUAAAGAAUGACUUCUGCAGCUCCUUGAAGACUUAACCGGAGUUGUCCACGUGUGGGCUUGGGCAGGUGAGCAGCCCCCCCUCUCAGCCCCCUCAGCCUGUCAUCCCACCCAAGCCUGUGCAAUGUGUCCACCAUGUAUCCACUCAACCUAGCUGUCCAGGACGGGGCAAGAUGUCCAAGCUGCUGAACCCGGAGGAGAUGACCUCGAGAGAUUAUUACUUCGACUCCUAUGCCCACUUUGGGAUCCACGAGGAAAUGCUGAAGGACGAGGUGCGGACGCUCACUUACCGGAACUCCAUGUACCACAACAAGCACGUUUUCAAAGACAAGGUGGUGCUGGACGUCGGGAGUGGUACCGGGAUCCUGUCCAUGUUUGCUGCGAAAGCGGGGGCCAAGAAGGUGUUUGGGAUUGAAUGCUCCAGUAUUUCUGACUACUCAGAGAAGAUCAUUAAGGCCAACCACUUGGACAACAUCAUCACCAUAUUUAAGGGUAAAGUAGAAGAGGUGGAGCUGCCUGUGGACAAGGUUGACAUCAUCAUCAGCGAGUGGAUGGGCUACUGUCUCUUCUACGAGUCGAUGCUCAAUACGGUCAUCUUUGCCAGGGACAAAUGGCUGAAACCUGGAGGGCUUAUGUUUCCAGACCGGGCAGCUUUGUACGUGGUAGCAAUUGAAGACAGACAGUACAAGGACUUCAAAAUCCACUGGUGGGAGAAUGUCUACGGCUUUGACAUGAGCUGCAUCCGGGACGUUGCCAUGAAGGAGCCCCUGGUGGACAUCGUGGACCCAAAGCAAGUGGUGACCAAUGCCUGUUUAAUAAAGGAGGUGGACAUUUACACGGUGAAAACAGAAGAGUUGUCCUUCACGUCUGCCUUCUGCCUGCAGAUACAGCGCAAUGACUACAUCCAUGCCCUUGUCACCUAUUUUAAUAUUGAAUUUACCAAGUGCCACAAGAAAAUGGGGUUUUCCACAGACUCACAGGAAGUUGCAAAAAUAGUGCAUGGAGUUCUGAGACCCCUAUGUCCAGCUCCCCCCAUUGGUGGCAUCUUAUAUAACCGGAGUACAACAUCCAAACUGUCAACAGCCCCUGACGCCCCCUACACCCACUGGAAACAGACCGUCUUCUACUUGGAAGAUUACCUCACGGUCCGGAGAGGGGAAGAGCUCUACGGGACCAUCUCCAUGAAGCCAAAUGCCAAAAAUGUGCGAGACCUCGAUUUCACAGUAGACUUGGAUUUUAAGGGACAGCUGUGUGAAACAUCUGUAUCUAAUGACUACAAAAUGCGUUAGCACAUGUGGGAAGCUGCAGAGAGCAAGUGAGAAAAAAAACUCUCACCUCGAUCUGCAGCACUGUUUUGAGCAGGACUCCACGCUUAAAAACCAGAGUUUUUAAAUUCUGCCAAGAAGAUUGGGGAACUCACCAAGGCUUCCAAGGGCCCUGCCACUGGACAGAGGUCCUCCAGCUCCUCAGCGCUGCUCUGCGAGCCCUUCACAAAGGCUUUGCUCUUGCUGACCAAGAGCGAGCUCAUCGAGUGCUGCAGCUGGGCCUGAGGACAGAAAGUACCCCUGUAUACCCAUUGUCCUCCUUUCCUGUGACUCUCCAGAUCUUCCAAGUUUUGCAUGCUGCAGGCAUCUAGGGCAGAUCGCUUCACUAGAACCUGGAGACUAGUGUCUUUGAUAGCAUAAGCCAGAUUAUCUGUCUGUGCGGUGAUGUGUGCGUGCGUGUGCACGUACAGCAUAUACAGUCGUUUAUUUACCCACAACACUGUAUAUGCAUGCAUAUACAGCCACUGGGUACACCCAUGUGUUCAUUCAGGGCGUGCGCGCGCGCACGUGUGCGUAGAAUAUAUAUUACUCUCAGAGGACAUUCUGUUGCUUUCGAAUAGGAAUUUGUUUUGUGAUUAGUUCUCCCCUUCCCCAUCCCUCACCAGCUAUGAAACGUUCUCUGUACUAGCUCUGGUCUCCUUUUGACUAGACCGUGGCGCUGAACCCUGAGCAUAGUACCACACCAUCUGUGGGCGCUCAAUAAAUGCACAUG